AUGGAAGAGGAAAAUGCAACACUGCUGACAGAGUUUGUUCUCACAGGACUUCCAUAUCAACCAGAGUGGAAAAUCCCCCUGUUCCUGGUGUUCUUGGUGAUGUAUCUCAUCACCAUUGUGGGGAACCUUGGUCUGAUUAUUCUCAUCUGGAAUGACCCUCACCUCCACAUCCCCAUGUACCUAUUCCUUGGGAGUUUAGCCUUUGUGGAUGCUUGUUUAUCAUCCACAGUGACCCCAAAGAUGCUGGUCAACUUCUUCACCCAGAGCAAAAUGAUGUCUCUCUCUGAAUGCAUGAUACAAUUUUUUCCUUUUGCAAUUGGUGUAACCACAGAAUGUUUUCUCUUAGCAACUAUGGCAUACGAUCGCUAUGUAGCCAUUUGUAAACCUUUACUUUAUUCGAUGAUUAUGACAAAUAAACUGUGCAUCUGGCUUUCGGUCUUGUCAUUUUUAGGUGGUUUUCUUCAUGCCUUAAUACAUGAAGGUCUUAUACUGAGACUAACCUUCUGUAAUUCCAACGUAAUACAUCAUUUUUACUGUGACAUUAUACCAUUGUUUAAGAUUUCUUGUACUGACCCUGCUAUUAAUUUUUUAGUGGUUUUUAUAUUUGCUGGUUCAAUUCAAGCAUUCACCAUUGUGACUGUUCUUGUCUCUUAUACAUUUGUUCUCUUCACAAUCUUAAAAAGGAAGUCCAUCAAAGGCAUAAGAAAAGCCUUCUCCACCUGUGGAGCCCACCUCUUGUCUGUGUCUUUGUACUAUGGCCCCCUCCUCUUCAUGUAUGAUCGCCCUGGGUCUCAACAGGCAGAUGAUCAAGAUAUGAUGGACUCUCUAUUUUAUACAGUCAUAAUCCCUUUGUUAAACCCAAUUAUCUACAGCCUGAGAAAUAAAAAAGUCUUAGAUUCACUGAGAAAAAUGUUAAAUAAAAAUUUUGAGAUCUCGUAUUAA